AUGACAGCCGAAUAACAAAUCAAAAGAGUGCGGCUCUCGAAAGUUCCAGUUGUGCAUUGAGGAGCAAUCAUAGCAGGCCAACAGUAACGUCCCACACCAUAGGAUCAGCCGCAGCAACAACAAUUAGAGCAGAAUUCGGAAAUUACGUCACUGAAUAGUUUUUUCUAGACGACAGCCAUGUCCGACGCGGCAAAGUCCAACAACAACGCUUCCGCCGCUGGAGAUCCAGCCACGCCGCGCAGCAACCACAACAACAAUAACAGCGGCAAGAGCAGCAACAAACUAAAGUCCACGCAGAACAGCAGCGGGGGCGGGAGCAUAGACAAGCUGUCCCCGGACCAGGACAUCUACAUCAACGCCGCCGACGGCCUGCCCAGCCAGCACCCGACGCUGCCGCCGGAGGGCGAUGUGGACAGCGAGACGGAGCCCGAGGUCGACGCGGACUCGUUCGACGACCUGCCCACCUCGAUCAUCGUCACCAACAUCCACUCGGAGGUGUUCACCAACCCGGAACUGAAGAGUGCGAUGGAGGAGCUCUUCCGCACGUUCAGCGACUCGGCGACGUUCCACUGGCUCCGCAGCUUCCGCCGGAUGCGCGUGAACUACGACAAUGCCAUUGCUGCGGCCAAUGCGCGGAUCAAGCUGCACCAGUACGAGUUCAACAAGAGGACGGUGAUCACCUGCUACUUCGCCCAGCCGGUGACUCCGGUCAGCAACAAGAACCUGCAGCCGCCGGCACCGGUUAAACAGUUCCUCAUCUCGCCGCCCGCCUCCCCGCCGGCCGGCUGGGAGCCGCGGGAGGAGGGCGAACCUCUUGUCAACCACGACCUGCUGGCGGCCCUGGCCAGCCUGACGCCCGGCGAGUCGCACGAACUGCACCCGCAGAGCGAGGACCAGCCGGCGAUCAUCGUUCACACGGCCAUGCUGCCGGAGGGCGGUCCCGCCUCGGGUCCCGGGGUCCCGGCCAAGACACCGAUUGUCCAGACCAAGUGCCCGGAGCGGGCAUAAUCAUCACGACCCAAUUGCUGAGCUAUUGCUGAAGCUGGAAACAUGAAACUUGAGUUGUUAUUCAAACGAAAGGGGUUGGUGGGGACUCUACUUGUAGCUCCGUGGCAGGAGUGGGCGGUGAUUGAGUAUUUUUUGUAAAUAUUUUCCGAUUCAAUUGUGAUUCAAUUUUACACUAUCAUUUAGCGACGUUCCAACGAAUAUGUUUGUAAUGCUAGGCAGUUGAACUCCAAACCCCGACCUGGAACCCGAACCCACCCUCCUUUCGAGCGUAGCAUUUACCCCAUUCGGCUUCAUCGACAUUCAAUAAGUUCUUGAGCUAGCAACCGGAUCUAGAUGUGUUUUAUCUCUCGAUUUGAGUGUGUUUUGUGUAAGAAUAUCGAUGUUAACCCAGACGGGACUACCUGCUAACGAUAUCGCUAUAUCUCUGUGUACCUUCGAUGGACGACCGCUGCCAGGGCGCCUCCAGCGAACCGCGAUACGAACUCCCAGAUAUAAACCCCAAAGCUAUAUCUAUGUAAAUGUUAAUGUAAUUCUAAGCCAGCGAACGGUGCGGCGGUAUCGCAUCAGAUGUCGAAGUACACUCGUAUAUAAAUGUAUAUGCUAAAUGUAGUUAAACUUUAAUUAAAAAUAUAUUCAAAUUCAAAGUGAA